AUGUUUAAUCGCCCCCGAAGAUGUGUUGCAGGCAGUCCAAGUAGUCUUUACGAUCAACAACCAUCUCGCUUUCCAUCGUACAACCUCUUUCGGCCCUUCAGCAUCUUCCACCCGCGAUACGAUUUUGGAACAACGGUUCGUAUCCUCUCACUGGGUGGGGAGUCCUUGAACGAGGCAACGGUGCAGUCGUUCAAUCACAAAGUGGGCGAUUAUGUGGAACAGCACGAUGUGCUGGCAGUUAUCGAAACCGACAAAGUUGCAAUGGAAGUAUAUGCUCCUGAGACGGGCGUUAUACAACACAUCUUUGUUGAAGAAGGAGACAUCGUCACCGUCGGUCAAGCUAUUGCUGAGAUUACCGUUAAAUCCGAGCCUGGAAACGCAAGGAAUAAGAGCGCUUCGAGUGAGAAGUAA